AUCGACGUGCAAGAGAACAGUCAAAUACUACAGGCACAAGGAGCAAACCGAUUCGUAAUCGACUGGUGGUUAUGUCGUUGGGUAUAACCUGAAAGCUUUGGUCGGACUGGAGGCGGUUUACCCGGUGUGACCUCUCUUGCUGAUCAAAGCAAACAAGUAGUAGUUUUUUACCGUGAAAAGGACGAAGUAGCGCACCAAAGCAAAGUCAAUCGUUGCGUGUUUUAGUUUCGAUUCUUCGGGACGAUUAGACGAGGCGUAUUUCAUCAGAGCAACCAUUUGCUGAAUAACGAAAAUCAGGAAAACAUCUAACAAUGCCGUUUGGACACCACCACCACCACCAUCACCACCACCAUCCCCCUCCACAUCGUCAUCAUCACCAUGGACCUGGUCCUGCCUUCGGCUUCAUGGCAGGGGCGGCCUUAGGGGCCGGGGCCGCAGCCGCUGCCAGUGCAAGCCGUCAGCCGCCCCCACCGAGGACAGUUGUCAAGGAGGAAAAGACAGUUGUUUACGUGACCAACCCUCCACCGCCUAGCUAUCCGACUGGAACCGCACCACCUCCCCCACCGCAGAGCUACCCGUACCCCCAACAAGGCUACCCACAGCAACCCCCACCAGCAUAUCCGUACCCGCAGAAUCCACCCCCAGUCGGGUAUCCGCAACCGCCUCCACCAACUACUGGAUACCCGCAACCACCUCCAGUCGGUUAUCCGGGGUCAACUUAUCCGAAUUAGUGUCACAGACGGAUUUUGAGGAUCUGAGAGUAUAAUGUUUCUGCCGUAGAUGGCGUUUUACUGCAAGCCGUAAAUGUCCACAACAGGAUAACAAUGAAAUCCUUUCCUUACUGUAUCCACAACAACUGUUCAAUUUUGUCUAAUUUCGUGUAGGCUGCAAUAAAGGAAGGCAAAAACAUCAAUAUCUAUAUAUUUUGUUUAAGUUAAGCAACGUCAUAUAUGUGAAGUUAUCAUCCUUUUCAGAUUGGGCAUGGGGGGGGGGGUACUUUGUGGGCGAGUGCAUUAUCAAGUCAAGCUCUUCGGAUUCGGUAGUAUAAUGCAUUUUCAAAAACGAACUUUUUAAAAAUGAAAGAAAUUUCAGGGUAAAGAUGACAGUUGGAGGGGAAGGAGAGAGAGAGAGAGAGAGAGUGAUGAUGGGGGUCCGAUUUAGAAAAUAGAGACAGAAAUAAGAAGAGAAAUAGAGGGAGAGAGGUGGGGGUGGAGAAUUGUUUUAUCUGA